CUAGCAUUCAAUAGCACAAUUUAGAAUGCAUUAAAAAAAUAAAUAAAUAAAAUAAGUAAAAUAAAAUAAAUUAUAUUUAAGUAAGUUAGCAUUUUAUUUAACUUUGAGUGAAAUUUAUUUGCAAAUAAUUAUGGUUUUAUUGACUAUGAUAUCGAGAAUUCCAGAUGGAUUACCAUUAGUUGCAUCUUUGCAAGAUGACAAACAGGUAAACUUUUAAUUGCAUGCUUUGAAAAUGUAUUAUAGCUUAUAAAAAAAAAAACACCACCGAGACAAAUUUUUAAAGGUUACACAUAACCAGUACAAUCAGUACAAAUUACAAUAUUUUGUUUUCAUAUAGAUUGAAAGAAAAUUAAUCGAAUAUCGAAAUCAAGCAAACUUUCUUUGUAAAAAACUAAAUUCUAAAUCUCCUAAACAAUGUACAAUUGAUUCUCCACCUUAUUAUUUUCAGUAAGUUUAUUGCAAAAAUAAUUUUUUGUUGAAAUAUUAUUUAUAAAAAAAUCAAUUUAUUUUAGUUAUUUAAUUGAAAGAGAUGUUUGUUACCUAGUAUUAUGCGAAAGGAACUUCUCAAAACUAUCUGCAUUCAGUUUUUUAGAACACAUAGCCGAUGUAUUUAAUAGGCUAUAUGGACGACAAGUAUCAAUUGCUUCACGGCCCUACACAUUAAUUGAAUUUGGUAAUAUAUUUUUAGAUGGGUACCAACUGACUACCUACUGACUAUUGAGAGCGCGUGAAAAUUGGAAAAGAAAUUUAUUUGAAUGGAACUACAUUUGUUCGAAAAAUAAAAAACUUUUUGAAAUGCAUAUUAAAUUAAAUUGAAAUUGUAUAGAAGAGUAGAAUAACAUAUAUUUUUAUUAUGAUUUAAUUUUUUUAAUUUGUAUUGCUUUUAAUAUCUUAACUAAGACGAUUAAGUCACUGAUAAAUAUUAUUAUUACGUACUAAAAUUGUAUUUAAUUUAUUAUUUAUAUUUACGAAUUAUAAUUAUAUAGGUAUUAUAUUUUUUUUAUCUCCAAAAAUGGACGUUUUGUCCUCGGACGUUUUGUCAGAACCCUCCAAAAACCAGAACCUUGAUAACUGGUUAGACUGGGAACCAUUAGUUUAUACUCAAUUUUUCCAUUUUCACAUUUCGUGAUUUUACUUUCUGGACUUACAAAGUAUCCGAUGUAUUAAUUUUCUUUAUUUUUCAAUAUAUUUAGUAACAAUAAUUACAAAAACAUGUAUAAAUCAUAGCUUUUAUUAUUCCAGAUAAUUAUAUACAGAAAGCGAAAAAAAAUUACAUAGAUUCUAGAGUACGGAAAAAUCUUAAUAAAUUAAAUAAUGAACGUCAAUAUUUACAAAGCAUAGUGGUUCAUAAUAUUGAUGAUGUGUUACAAAGAAACGCUAUUUUGUCAGGUAAUAUAUUAUUUAUGUAAAAUUGGAAAUUUACUUCAAUUAGCCAGUUUAUAUUUAAAGUUAUUAUAUUUCUAAAGACACUGUUCAAUUUAUAUGUUUUCCAACUGAAAAUAAGUAUUUUCUGAAAAAAAAAACCAAAUCAAAUAGUAAAUGCCGACAAGAAGCGAACGUUUGGGAAAUUUUUUUUAAAAAUAUUUUCAAAAAAAUACUACAGCGCGGAGAGUCUGCAUCUUUUAGAGUAUUUUGUGAAAAAAUCGUAUCAUUUUUACUAACUGAAAAACUGUUUAGUGUGAAAAAUAAAGCAUACUUCUUAUAGCAAAACAUUAAAUACUCUAAACCGGGUGACAAAAAGUGUUUUUUUUUAAGAAAUAAAAUACUUAUGAAAAAUAUUCGGAAUACAGUAUGUUGAAUGCUUCUCAUAAAAAAAAUUUAUAAAUUAUCAUUAUUAUUUAUUAUCAAUUUUAUCAAUAAUACAUUUAAUUUAAAUAUAUGAAUAAAACAUCAGGAGGUCAAUGACUUGAUGAUUUUGACUGAGGGGUAGUUGCCCACCCACCAAUUUACGCAUAUAGAAAAUAAUACAUAAGUACUUUUUGGCCAAAACUGAUCAUAAUAAAAUCUAUAGGUGUCUACAGUACUUAAUAUUGUAAAAUAUAUAAUAAUUGUACAUGUUUGCAGAGUAUUAAACACUCAAUUCAAACGUUUACUUUUAUUAAAUUGUUCGUGUAUUGUGUUAUACGAUUGCCUAUUAAUUAGUCAAUUUUUUUUUUUAUUUUUUUCCAGAACUUGAUUCAAAAACCCAAAACGUAUCUACACCGUCGGUAAACUACACGAAUAAAUCGACAAGUCUUAUUAAAAAGUCAAUGUUUGUAAAACUCACAGGCGCAGCGAUUUGUUUUACUACACUAUUUUUAUAUUUUACGUUUUCCAAUGUUAUCCAUUAAUUAAACUUAAAAUGUACGUGCGUUCAACGGCUAGGGGGAAAUUUCGUCGAAAACUUUAUGCACGCGCUUUAUGCGUAUCGAUGUAACGUACGGUACACAAUAAACGAAAAAGGUGAUCUUUGGAACUCGC